AUGGCGUGGAAGUACGGAUACAGGAAAGUCUUACUGCAGUUGGACUCCACUACGGCCAUCAAUAUCCUUACCUCGCAGGAUCAGACGGAGCACAGGUAUCAUAAUCUGGUUCUUCAGUUUCAGAGACUGCUCCAGCUGAACUGGGAAGUCAGAAUUUCCCAUAUCUAUAGAGAAGGAAAUAAAGUGGCGGAUUUCCUUGCUAAUAAAGGCCACUCUGCUAGUAUAGGUUUCCAUGUUUUUGAGAGCUCAGACCCGGGUCUGAACUUCUGGAUUUUGUAUGACGUUUUGGGUAUAUCCCAAUCCCGGUUAAUUUAA